AUUAUUUUAAUUUUUAUUUCAACUACCGUCUUCAUCUCCAUUCUAUUCACUCGGUUAGUGCACCCCCUAUCCAUAGGGUUGACAUUAUUUACUCAAACCCUAAUUAUUUGUAUUACCUCUGGAUUUUCUAAUAAUUCAUUCUGAUUUUCCUACAUUCUAUUCUUAAUUUUCCUAGGAGGAAUAUUAGUUUUAUUCAUUUAUGUAGCCUCAUUAGCCUCAAACGAAAUAUUUGGAAUCUCAUUUAACACCUUAUUUACCUUAACAUUUAUUAUUUCCAUAAUUUGUCUUAUUUCUUUCCUUGUCGACCCUUUAUUAACCAGCUCUAAAUAUAGAAUUAGAAGUUCUUCUAUUAUAUUCCCCUAUAAAUUUAGAAAUGCCCCUUUAAUAACAAGAACUAUUUAUAACUCCUCAUCAAUAAUAUUUACUCUAUUUAUCAUUACAUAUUUACUUCUUACCUUAUUUGCCGUAGUAAAAAUUAUCAACGUCCACUCCAGGCCCUUACGAGUAAAUAACUAA